AUGUUACUAAUUAAUAUUGCUAAAAAUAAUAUAAUUACAGCCCUUUCGCAUAGGCAUCAAACUAUAAGAGAAAGAAAAAGCGCCUUUUCAAACAACCCCAUAAAUUAUAUAUAUUAUUUAGGACCAAAUAAGCAUAUUUAUUUCAAAUUUUCAUCAGUCUGUGAACAAAAAAAACUAGGACAUAAAAAAAUAGCUAUAAAUAAGUGGGACAUAGAAAGGAACGAAAAAAAAAACUUUACAAUAAGUCUAAACUAUUACAAUAAAAUACACCAAAGUAAAUUUAUGACCAAAAUGGUAAAAGAAAAUAAAGGCAGUACAAAAAAUGAAAAAAAAAGUUCAAUAAAUAAUAACCAAGAUAUCCGAAAUUUUAUGAAUCUCAAAAAGGAGGAAAAAGAUGAAGAAUGUGAUGAAAAAAUAAAGCAAGAUAUUAAUAAAGAAAAUAUAAAAAAUGAAAUAACUGUCCAGAAAAAAAAAAUCGAUAAAAAUAAUAAGACAAAAGAAAAAACAAAAACAAAAUCAGAAACAAAUAAGAAUGUUAAUAUAACAUAUCCUAGUAUACCUAAAAGUAUUGAAAAAAGAUGGGAAGAUUAUAAUAAAAUUAUAGAAUAUGCAAAAAGUACAAAUGUUUAUUUAGGAGCACAUAUAUCAGCUUCAGGGGGAGUACAAAAUGCCCCAAUAAAUUCAUUUAAUGUAUCAGGAUUAGCAUUUGCAUUAUUUUUAAAAAACCAAAGAAAAUGGGAAAGUCCACCAUUAACUGAAGAAAAUAUAAAACAGUUUGAUGAAAAUUGUAAAAAAUAUAAUUUCGAUAAAAAUUUAAUUUUACCACAUGGAUCAUAUCUUAUAAAUCUAGCAAAUCCUGAUAAGGAAAAAAGAGAAAAAUCAUAUUUAUCAUUUGUAGAUGAUAUAAAAAGAUGUGAACAAUUAAAUAUUAAAUUAUAUAAUUUUCAUCCAGGUUCAACAGUAGGAAUGUGCUCAACAGAACAAGGAAUAAAAAAUAUUGCUGAUUGUAUAAAUAGAGCCCAUAAAGAAACAUCAAAUGUUAUUAUAGUUUUAGAAAAUUCAGCAGGACAAAAAAAUUCAGUUGGUUCAAAAUUUGAACAUUUACGUGAUAUAAUAUCUCAAGUUGAUGAUAAAGAAAGAAUAGGUGUUUGUUUAGAUACAUGUCAUACAUUUGCAGCAGGUUAUGAUAUAAAAUCAUGUGAAAAAUUUGAACAAGUUAUGAAUAAUUUUCAUAAUAUUGUAGAUUCAAAAUAUUUAAAAGCUGUUCAUUUAAAUGAUUCAAAAUCGGAUUUAGGAAGUGGAUUAGAUAGACAUGAAAAUAUUGGAAAAGGAAAGUUAACAUUAGAUACAUUUAAAUAUAUUAUGACAUCAAAGUAUUUCAAAAACAUUCCAAUUGUUUUAGAAACACCUGACAUAACAAAUGAUGAAUCAGUAUACAAGUAUGAAAUUGAGUAUUUGUACAAGAUGUGUACAAAGGAAGAAUAA